AUGGGCCAAAAACACACACACACACCGUCCCCUCCGUACCAAUGUUUCCACUGCGGGACCGUAAAGUGAGUGCUGGCGCGGGCGCAAAGGUGGGCUGGCAGGUGGUAAUUUUUUGUCGGCUGCUUUUUGCUGAGCGGUGGGCGGUGGAAAAGGUACCUGCGGCGCUGUAACUUUACACAGUCUAACCGGAUAGGGUUAGGUAGGUGCUGUCAAGGUGGCACCCACCCGUAGCUCCCUCGCCCGCAAGGCAGCGCAUGGAUUACGGCAACGAUUGAGCUUCGACCCUCUGUCAGUGAGUGGUGGCAGUUGGACCUUGACGAACCAUCUCCAUCCAUCCAUCCAUCACAUCAAGCAAGCACUGAACACCCAUCAAACCAACUUGAACCCGACACACCACAUCAAACCCGCGCCGAGAUCUCUACAACCCCACGAACGACCCACGCCAAACAAGGAAUCUCUCGCCCGGAGCCAUCGCGACUUUAAUUACCGACCCGAUCCUUUCGAUUACCCACCCUUCUUCGCCUUACCUAGUCCAAACGGGAAGCGUCAUUCCCACCCGCCGUCAUCAUGCCUUCUGCCACAGGUCAAAACUGGGAGAAGUACAGGAAAACGUUUGGCGACGAUGAAGUCGAGGAGAAGAAGAUCACUCCCCUCUCAGACGAGGAUAUUCAGGUCCUCAAGACAUACGGCGCCGCGCCCUACGGUGCUGCCAUCAAGAAGCUAGAACAGCAAAUAAAGGAGAAGCAGCAGAGCGUGGAUGAGAAGAUUGGCGUCAAGGAAUCAGAUACCGGCCUUGCGCCCCCUCACCUUUGGGAUGUGGCAGCCGACCGUCAGCGUAUGUCAGAAGAGCAACCGCUUCAGGUAGCGCGGUGCACCAAGAUCAUCCCUGACGAGAAGGACGAAUCGAAGAGCAAGUACGUCAUCAACGUCAAGCAGAUCGCCAAGUUUGUUGUCCAGCUGGGCGAGCGAGUCAGCCCGACAGAUAUCGAGGAAGGAAUGCGCGUCGGCGUCGACAGAAACAAGUAUCAGAUUCUCCUUCCGCUACCUCCCAAGAUCGAUGCGAGCGUUACCAUGAUGACGGUCGAGGAAAAGCCUGACGUCACAUACGGCGAUGUCGGUGGUUGCAAGGAACAGGUCGAGAAGCUACGCGAGGUCGUGGAGAUGCCCCUCUUGUCGCCAGAGCGGUUCGUCAACCUCGGUAUCGAUCCCCCCAAGGGCGCCCUGCUAUACGGACCUCCCGGCACCGGUAAGACGCUUUGCGCCCGUGCCGUUGCCAACAGGACAGACGCCACCUUUAUCCGUGUCAUUGGUUCCGAGCUGGUUCAAAAGUACGUCGGUGAGGGUGCCCGCAUGGUCCGCGAGCUUUUCGAGAUGGCCCGUACUAAGAAGGCUUGCAUCAUCUUCUUUGACGAAAUUGAUGCUAUUGGUGGAGCCCGGUUCGAUGACGGCGCGGGUGGUGAUAAUGAAGUUCAGCGUACUAUGUUGGAGCUCAUUACGCAGCUGGAUGGUUUCGAUGCCCGUGGCAACAUUAAGGUUAUGUUCGCUACUAACCGUCCUUCCACGCUGGAUCCCGCCCUGAUGCGUCCCGGACGUAUCGACCGCAAAAUUGAGUUCUCUCUCCCCGAUCUCGAGGGUCGUGCCAACAUUCUGCGCAUUCAUGCCAAGAGCAUGUCAGUCGAGCGCGAUAUCCGAUGGGAGCUCAUUUCUCGCCUGUGCCCGAACGCGACGGGUGCUGAGUUGCGUAGUGUUUGCACGGAGGCGGGCAUGUUCGCCAUCCGUGCGCGCAGGAAGGUGGCGUCGGAGAAGGACUUUUUGAGUGCGGUGGACAAGGUCAUCAAGGGCAACCUCAAGUUCAACUCUACUGCGGCCUAUGCCCAGUACAACUAAACGGGGAGGAAGAAGCGCAUCAAUAGCGGAAUGGGGAGUUUGGGGUUUUUGGUUUGUGUUGAAACCGGAAGUCUAGAUGUGUAAUAGAUGAUGAAUCAAGAGCGGCUCGAGAUGGCACUCAUAGCUGGGACUUGGGAGAGUUUGGACCGCCAGAUCCCACACAGUAGGCACAAUGCAGUAGGCUCUCCUGACAAGCGAAAUGAACAUACGGGCGGAAUGAAUAGGUAUCAUGCCUACUGUUGUUGAUGAUGAACAUGG